UUAAAAGACUGUUAAAACAAAAUUGUACCACGCUGCUGUUUAUUGUUUAAAAAAUAGUUUCUAAUAAAUGUUUUUAUUUUCCCCUUAAACAUGCAUAUUUUUGAAAUAGGAACAGAAUGCCAACAUUGAAGGACAUCUUUGUUCUCCUACUUGUGUUUUAUAUAUAUCCCGGGAAAUGUGAUGUGUUGUAUCUGCAAGCUGGGCAGGAUGUGUCCUUAAAAUGUCCAGAGCUACCUUCUGGACAAGAUAUGGUAUGGAAACUGAACAAAAACUCCUUGGUUACCAUUGACGGCAAAAAAGGAACUUCACGAAAGGGUCCUUUAUUUAAGCAAAAUAAACAUUACACAAGUGGAGACAAUUUGAAGAUAACCAGGCUGGAAGCACGUGACGCUGGAGAUUACUCCUGUCCAAAGAAGGAAUUUCGUGUGCAUGUUGUGUCAGUCUUUGCUGACCCAGGCACGGUGCUUCUCCAGUCUAGUUAUGUCAAAUUGCGCUGUGAUGGAGUAAACACCAAUCCUGUACAGUGGCUACGACCCCCUAACGGUGAACGAUAUCAUGAAACCAAGCCAGAAAUUACCCUGACAUCUGUGACUUCUAAAGAUGAAGGCCAGUGGACGUGUCUGGUCCAGGGCUUGAAGAUAAAUAUAACAUUGACUGUUGUUGGUCUCCAAACCCAAGAAAAUAUUGAGGUGCCUGAAGGGGGCGAUGUAGUUCUUCCCUGUUCUCUACCAAAAAAUACACCUCAUCGUGCAGUAAGUGGGAAAUGGACGGCGAAGCACCUAGAUGUCUCAUUCGGAACCACAGAUGACAAACAUAACUUACGCUGGAAAGGCCAGAAUACAUCUAAAGUUUUAUUUACAAGUGGACAGCUCAGCACCAACUAUGAUAUCAAGCUGAUAAGAGUACAGUCUACGGAUGCUGGCGAGUUUGUGUGCACAGUGAAGUUUGAGGGUGGAACGGAGCUCACUGCCAGUACGAUGAUAAAAGUUUUGCCUGGCACUUCAGUAUCAGGUGGAAAGGUGGUCAACAAUGUCAAAGGGCAAACCCCAAGUGAAGGACCAUGGACCAAAGAUGUUUAUGGUGUACAGUUGUGGGUCUGGAUUGCUGUAGGAGCAAGUUCUGUGGUUUUGAUUGGACUUAUUAUCUCGACUGUUCUUGUCCAACAAAGGAACAAACGAAUGAAGAAGCGAGUAAGAAAACUGAGAUCUAUGCGACAACCUCUUACAGCCAAAGACUACUGCCAGUGCAACAGAUCUCAUGGGGAGGUGGAAUUAGCAAAGCAGGUGAGGCCAGUUCCCAUCCCCAGACAACAGCGUAAUGCACACAACAAACCAAAUUCAUAUAACUGAGAGGAGCGUGUUUACUGGAGUAUGCAGUAUGGUGGGCCAGUGCUUUUAAAUGUGCUUACUGACAAAUGAUGCCAAAAUGAGCUUGUGAGAUUUAUUGCAGAAUGAAUGUUGUUAGACAUUUGAUUGUUACUUUUGAUAAAAGGUUAAUUUUUGUAUAAUUUUCCUGAAUAUAUCAUGUAAAUGUUUUAUAUGUUGAAUGCUUGAUUUUUUGUUUUAAGAAUAAAAGUUUAAUACUCUCUG